GUGAGCUACUGUACAAUGCCAUGGGCUUGCUUGUGUGUUCUAAACUGUUGAAUGUUUAGGAUUUUAGGAAGAUGCUAUACAUUGCAAAGCUCUUAGGAUCGAUGCCUUUGCGCAAAGUGGAGAGUUGCAUCGCGCUGAACAAUGGCUAGAGAAGAUGGAAGAAUCUGGACUCCAGGCUUAGCACUAUUGAAUUGUCCAGCUGCCGGGUUGAUGGUUAGUAUGCAACUUUACGUCAGCGGCUCCACAUAUAAUGCAUUGAUAUCUGCUUGUGCGAGGAAGGCAGAUGUGGCGAGCUACUCUUCUGUGAUCCAUGCCUGUGCAAAAGCCAACGACCUCCAACGGGCUGAAACCACUUCGCUUGGAUUGAGCAGAUGGAACAGGAUGGGGUGCAGGCCAAAUGUUGUCACUUACAACAGUGCGAUCAAUGCCUGUGCCAGAUGUGGCGACGUUACGCGUGCUGAGCAUUGGUUUCACAAGCUUAGAGCCGAGAUUCCUCACGCUUGAAAUCUCUUGAAUACAUUUGCUCAGGGCUCAGGGGGGUUGAGGUUUGUCAGGAUUUCGUCAAAGAAGCUUUUUGAGGAUGGUGAAACAGGGCAUUCAGCCCGGCGUUCUCACCUUCAACUCUUUGGUCAACGUAUGUGCGAAAGCAUUGGAUGUGGACCGCGCUGAGAAAUGGCUCCAGGA